AUGCGUAGAACAACCAGAGCCUCAUCACGUUCCGCAACAACAAGUAGUGCACUACCACCACAACAACCUCCAACACCAUUAUGUGAUUCCUCUCCAUCCAGAUUAACAACACCUCGUAAACAAAUCAUCAACUCUGCUAGUACUAAUACGAGUGCCAUCAAUUUUGCCAACAUGUUGAAAACACCCAAUAAGAGAUUUCGCGACGAAGUGAAACGUAAAAAAUUAGCAGUACAGAAGGAUACAAAUAUCAUGUCAGGUAAAUAUGGAAGUGUAAUUAUUCUAUCAAAAGAGAAUGAAAAGAACAAUGAACAGAGCAAUGCUGAUUCUGAAUCAGGAGGUGAAAGAACACCAACACCUAGAACACCACUCAAAAACAUUGAUCCAAAUGUUUUAUUUUCACCUUCCAAUGCAACAAGUAAUGCUUUAAAUUCAUUAUUUUCUCCAUCUUUUAAAACACCAAAUAUUGCUGUUAAAAGUCAACAAAUUGUAAAGAAACAAGAAAAUUGUACACCCAUUAGAGAAUUUAAAAUUCAAAAAGAAUUAACUAAAAUGAGAGUUGGAAAAUUGAAUUUAUUUCCAAAUGUGUUUAGUUCAUUCUCAAGUACAACAUGUCCUGAGGAUGAUUUAUAUGAUGAUGAAACUGAUUCAGAAGAAGAAGAAAUGGAGCAACCUAAAAGAAAAAAGAAACAGACAUCAUGUCCACAUUAUUUUAAUAUCAUGAUGGAGAAGUGUGAUGGUGGAAUUGUUGAUUUAAUUCAAGAAAAUUCAAUCAAUGGAAAGGUUUCACUUUCAUUUGCUAAAUCAAUUGCAUUUCAAUUAAUAUUUGCACUUGCAAUUGCAGAAUCCAUUGGUUUCCAACAUAAUGAUAUGCAUGAAAGAAAUGUACUUUAUAAGAAACUUCCAAAAUCAGAUAAGAAGGGUAUUGCAUUCUUUGAAAAGAUUGAACAAGAUGAAUAUAUUUGGUUAAUUGAAUGUAAUUUCAUGUUAAAAAUUGCAGAUUAUGGAUUGAGUAGAAUUCAAAAAGAAGAUGGAGAAGAAAUUGAAAGUGGAAAUAUUUUUCAUUCGAAUGCAUUUAAUAGUGAUUUAGAUAGAGUGAAGGAAAUUUUAACAAAGAGAAUUAAAUUAGAUUCAUCCACAUCUACUAAGGAAGAUACUAAAUUAUUUAGUGAUUUGAAGAGAAGUAUCAAAUCAUCGAGUGGAACAAGUGCUAAAGAUCUUUUAUUACAUGAAUUUUUUGAUUCACUUCGAUUGGAUGAUGAAUCAAAAAUUAAUAACGAUCAUCAACUUGUUACUGAUUAUCAUACUUAUUAUGGUGCUAAACAUGAAAAGAGAAGAGUUUAA